CGCGCGGUCAGUUCGAGCUGCUCUCCGUGUUUAACAAUGUUAAUGCAAACAGACUGGAGGAGUAACCGCUGACCAGCCUCACAUUAAGGGUACUGAUGUUCUCUUGCACCCCGUUGCUGUGCCUUCUAUAGAGCACAAUGGGGAACCACCUCACAUUCCUCCUGAUGCUACUUUCCUUGCUCAGCACUGAGGUUUGUCAGGCUGAGGACGUGAUAGCUACAACAAUUGUGCCAAAGGAGGAAGUGACUGAUAUCCCAGCAUCCUUAACUGCCUUUAAGGGUUCAAGAGGGCAGAUCCUGGCUUCUCAGUUUGAGUGUUACCUUAAAAUACUGCAUGAACCCCCACAAACUGAGCCAGGACCCUACUGUAACCGGACAUGGGAUGGCUGGUUGUGCUGGGGAGACUCGCCUCCAGGAACCUCGAUGCAGAACUGUCCUUCGUACUUCCAGGACUUCGACCCAUCAGAAAAAGUGACCAAAGUGUGUAAUUCAGAUGGACAGUGGUUCCGACAUCCAGACAGCAACCGACUGUGGUCCAACUACACCCAGUGCUCAGCUUACACCAAACAGAAAGUCAGGAUUGCAUUUACCAUGUAUUAUCUGGCAGUGGUGGGUCACACGCUGUCCGUCAUCUCCCUACUCAUAUCUAUUUUCAUCUUCUCCUAUUUUAAAUGUCUGAGUUGCCAGAGGAUCUCUCUGCAUAAGAACAUGUUUAUGUCCUUCAUCCUGAACUCCAUUCUCAUGGUAAUCUGGUUCACUAUGGUCUUCUUCGAUGAGCAGCUUGCUGCCACCAAUCAAAUUGGCUGUAAGAUCUUGGCCAGUCUGAUUCAUUACACGUCUUGCUCGACCUACUUCUGGAUGCUGUGUGAGGGGAUCUACCUGCACACCCUCAUCAUCGUCGCCGUGUUUGUGGGGGAGCAGCAGCUGUGUUGGUACUACCUGCUGGGCUGGGGAUUUCCAAUUAUUCCAGCAAUCAUACAUUCUGUCGCUCGGCUGCUCUUCUAUGAUGACAAGUGCUGGAUUAGUAACACUAACCUACUCUACAUUGUCCAUGGCCCUAUCCACGUUGCUCUGGUGGUGAACCUUUUCUUCCUGCUAAACAUAGUGCGUGUACUGAUCACCAAGCUGAGAGUGACCCACAGGACCGAGUCCAACGCCUACAUGAAGGCUGUACGUGCCACACUCAUCCUGGUGCCCCUGAUGGGUGCCCAUUUCAUCCUGGUUCCACUGCAGCCCGAGGGCAGGCUGCCCCUGGCCAUCUAUGAGUUCUUUAUGAACAUCUUCAUGCAUUUUCAGGGGCUUCUGGUUGCCAUCAUCUUAUGUUUUGGAAAUGGAGAGGUGCAAACAGCUGUGAGGCGUAAACUGGCCCAGUACCAGUUUCAGUGUCGACAGCGUCUGGUUAUCACUGACUCUCACUCUAAUUACCACACAAACUCCUCGAUUACUGAGAGCAGCAGAGUAAAUCUGAGCAUUGAACCUGCAUUUUCCUUCAUGACUGAUGAUAAAACACACGCAGCAGCAUCUGUGCUGAAUGGUCAGAGCAACGGAAAGCGCAGGUUCAGCAGAGAUACGGAGAAACUGAAGGUCCUGGAGACGUCGCAGCUUUGAUUCUAUAGACAGUGACGCACAAACAAGAUGCACUUGUUUUUGCUUUUUAUCAUCAGGGUCUAGGUUUUUUACAUCUGAAUUUUAACAUUACCUAAAAUAAAACAGUAAAUAAAAGCUGAUUUAGUACAACGUACACUCUUAGUACCUAAACCACAAAUUUACCAAACACCAAAUCUCAGUGGUUCCCAAGGGAAAUGCCAUUAGGCUUUCAUUACAUUUAUUUCUAUGGACUGAUUUUUCCUGAAGGACCGACUCAGACUGAGCAAACAAUUAAAGGAAGUAGGGUCGAGGAUUGUUUUUACGAGCACAGAGUACAUUUGAAAUAUUUAAUUGUUUCCUAAAUAUGUGUAUAAGCACUUGUUGUAAAUAGGCAUUCAUUUAGUAAAGUGUUUGUUUUUCUCUGACUGUCCCACAGAUUGGGACUUUUUUGCUUUAGGUAUGACAUUUUAGAGUUUCACAGAGAUUAAUGUGCUCAUAUUCGUCUUUUAGAGGCAAAAACAUUCCUUUGGGUUUGCCAAUGAUAUUGUAAAUAGAUGUAAAUUUGUUGUUAUACAAAACAUAAUAAAUGUCACUGCACUGGA